AUGCCCGACUCAAAUCCUCCCCUCGUCCUGCCCCCCCGCACGCCGGCGGCGGCAGCAGCCGCUGCGGGAGGCGUGCGGCCGCCGCGCGGCCUGCUUGCUCGGACGCUCGGAGGGACGGCGCGGACGUGCGCCGCCUCCUCCCUUUCUCCCUCUUCUCACACGUCGAUGCACCCUCGCGCGCCUCGGCUCGAGACGCCUGUCGAGCUCAGCCACGUCGUGCUGGUGGAUGCCCCGCCCCGGGAGCAGGGAGCUUUGGUGCGCGCCCCUCUUGCUCCUCAGAAGCUGAUUACACUUGAGCGACGCAAAGAACAGGGGUCGUCUGCGCCCACUUUGGCGCGACAGCUGCCCGCGUAA